AUGACGCGCCCCAAGGCGCCCAAGAGCAAACAGUCGCGGGCCACCAGCGUGCCGGCGGCCGGCGGCCAGCCCUCCGCAGCAGCGACAGCCGGACAGCACCCCCACCACCAAGGCCCCGCAGGCCAGCAGCAGGCAGCGGCCAAGAAACGGCUAGCAGCGGAGGGUGGCGGGCUGCCCGCAGCGGCAGGUGCGGCGUUUGCGCCGGCGGCGGCAGCGGGGCAGCAGCCCGAGGUCGACCAGCUCGAGCGCAAGCGCAUGCAGGUGGCAGAGGAGCUGCGGCAGGUGGAGAAGCAGGCAAGUGUGCAGCGCAGGAUCUUCGACCUGGAGACCAACUACUUCCAGAUAUCCUCCGCCAUGGGAAACGCCAUCCGCGGCUACGAGGGCUUCCUGGGCGCCUCCAAAAAGUCGGCGGCGCCGCCGGUGCAGCCCGAGGAGCGCCUGUUCAGCUGGAGCAGCAUCACGGGGCAGCUCGGGGUCGGCGCCGCGCACGGCGAGUGA